GCGGACACUCACUCGUUGUGCUUUGUUGUCCCGGGGAGAAAAAUGAGAACGUUCACAUAGAGACACUCAUUGAAUGUUGUCUGAUAAAGUAGCACCUUUCCGGGCACCCCCCCCCGCCCCCCCGCCCACAUCCCCCGUUGAGGAAGAAGCAGGCGGCGCGGAAGAAGCUGGUCGUCAAUGUGCGACGGCGCGAGGAAGCACAGACACCCUGCGUGGAGCCGGACGGAUGCCCGCGACGCCUCCCCACUGAGCGGCGAGAGCGGCGGCGCAGCACCCAAGUGGCGAGUGGGGGGGUGGGUGGGGGGUCUGUACGUCAAACUCAAGGAGGCCGGCAUGGAAGGCCGAGGCACCCUCAAGAUGUUCGCACGCAAGAAGCGAGAACUUAUCAAGACGCCGUCCAUGUCCAAGAAGAGUCGAAGCGGAAGCCCCGGACCACCCAACACGCUGUCCAUCCUCCAGGAGCAGCCUCGGAAGGAUGGCGGUGACGUCACACUCUCCUCUUCGCCCACCUAUUCCUCCUCGUCCUCGUUCAUGCUCAGCCCGUCCUCCGCCGGGCAACAGGACCCCUCGUUAUCCUGCCCGGGAACCCCGAGCCCCCAGCUCGACAAGCUGGCGGCGGGCGCCCCGACUCCCGCCGCCACUCUGAGGCGGCCGACCACCCUGAGCCGCCACGCCAGCGCCGCAGGUUUGACACUCCAGUCGUGGGUGUUCACCAAAGGCCAGGCCAAAGGGGCCAUGACAGCGACGACACCGUCAUCCGAGGGCGCCGCCAUCGAGGUGGAGGACAUCCCGGCCCUGCUCAGGGACGUGGCGCGCUUCGCUGAGGCUGUGGAGAAGCUGAAGGACGUGGUGGUGCUGGCUGAAGGUACGGAGAAUCAGCGGCCCGUAGCCCACGAGUGCUUGGGGGAGGUUCUGCGCGUGUUGCGGCAGGUCAUCAACACGUACCCCUUCCUCAACACGGUGGAGAUCCUCACCGCUGCCGGGAAACUGAUAUCCAAAGUCAAAGGUUUCCAUUAUGAGGCGUGCAACGACUUGGACAAAAAGGACUUUGAGAAAGCCAUUGAGACCAUCGCAGUGGCCUUCAGCAGCAAUGUGUCUGAGCUGCUGAUGGGCGAGGUGGACAGUAGCACACUGCUGUCACUGCUGCCCACUGAGAAGAGCCGGUCCAUGGACAACUUGUAUAGCGCUGCAGGCCAGGACGGCGGUCAUCUCGGGAGCAACUCGGACAAUAUGGGCAACGUCGAGGGAGUGGACGUGAUUCUGCAGCGCAGCGAGGGCGGCGUGGACUCUGCUCUGCACUACACCAAAACUAUCUCCAAGUACAUGAAGGAUCUCAUCAGUUACGCGGAGAAGAGAACCUCACUGGAGAUGGAAUUCUCCAAAGGUCUUCAAAGAUUAUACCAGUCCUGCAAACACAGCAUAACACAUCCCCACAUGCCCCUCUUCUCCAUAUACUCUCUGGCUCUGGAGCAGGACCAGGAACAGAGCGUGAGCCUCCAGCAGGCCAACGCUACCCUGCACAACCAGACUUUUAUCCAGCCGCUGGUGCAGCGCAAGCAGGAGCAUGAGAAGCGGCGGAAGGAAUUAAAGGAUCACUGGAUUCGCGCAAAGAGAAAACUGAUGGACUGUGAGGCCAACCUCCGCAAGGCCAAGCAUGCCUACAUGGCCCGUUGCGAGGAGUACAAGGCCAAAGCAGCCGCCAGCCGAGCCGAGGAGGAGGGAGCGGGAGCCAACGCCAAAUCCGUGGACAAGAAGAAGCGGUUGGAGGAGGAGGCUCGCAACAAGGCAGACGAGGCGGAGGCGACCUACAGGACGUGCAUCGCCGACGCCACGGCUCAGAUGAUGGAGCUCGAGCACACCAAAGUCACCGUGCUGAGGCAGCUGCAUGACCUCAUCAAACAGAGCGACCAAACAUUGCGCUCGGCCACCAUCUCGUACUACCAGCUAAUGCACAUGCAGACGGUGGCACUGCCCGUUUGCUACCAGACCUUGUGCGAGAGCAGCAAGCUAUACGACCCGGGCCAGCAGUACGCCGCCUACGUGCGAGAUCUGCAGCUGCCCGACCAGCCCGCCGUCUGCUACGCGUUCGAGCCCUAUACCCCCUCCGGCGCAACCUCGCACCAAGGCUACAGACCAAGGAACGACAGCCUCAACACAGAGCAGAUGAGCCAGGCGGACAGCACCGCCGCGGCUGUGGACACGGACCACCAUCCCAGGCAGGGUCACAAGUCGUGGGGCUCCACAGUGAGUGAGGACAGCGUGGGAGCCGACGGCGCCCUGGAGUCUCCAAGCGCCAGCACAACCGACAUCAGUAAAAUUGCCCGGACGUCAUCCACUGGAACAGUGUCGUCCAAUGAGGACACGGACGACAAAGACGGGAAUGUGGCCUCAUUUGAAACACCGAACAUGAACGGCAUGGACCCUGACGUGGUGGUUUCCACCAGACCUUUCCGGAACGUGGGCCUGUCCAAAGCCGCCCAGACGCACCGUAUGAGGAAGCUGCGCACUCCCGCCAAGUGCCGCGAGUGCGACAGCUAUGUCUACUUCCAGGGUGCCGAAUGCGAGGAGUGUUUCCUGGCUUGUCACAAACGCUGCCUGGAGACGUUGGCCAUCCAGUGCGGACACAAGAAGCUGCGGGGCCGUCUGCAGCUCUUCGGCAGGGAGUUCUCUCAAGUGGCCAGCUGCGCCAGCGACGGCAUCCCCUUCAUCGUCACAAAGUGCAUCUCAGAGAUCGAACUGCGGGCGCUGAAGAUGAAGGGCAUCUACCGGGUGAACGGCUUGAAGACGCGCGUGGAGAAGCUGUGUCAGGCCUUUGAGAACGGCAAGGAGCUGGUGGAGCUGUCACAGUGUUCGCCACAUGACAUCGGCAACGUCCUCAAGCUCUACCUGCGACAGUUGCCAGAGCCCAUCCUUCCAUUCCACAUUUAUAACAACUUGGUGGGUUUGGCCAAGGAGAGCGUGCAGGCCGACGCUGACCCCGAAGAGGUUGGCGGCCACCUGGCGGUGGGCAAGGGGCCUCAGCUGGUGGACCUGGGCCCCGAAACUGAGCCGGAGGCACUGGUGCUUGUAGACAAACUGAGGGAACUUCUGAAGGAGUUGCCCAAAGCCAACAUGGCCACCCUACGAUACCUGAUUCGCCAUCUUCGUCGGAUCGCCGAGCUGGAGGAGGAGAACAAGAUGAGUGCCAGUAACUUGGGGAUCGUGUUCGGGCCCUCGCUGAUGCGUCCCCGUCCCACGGGCGCCACCAUAUCGCUCUCGUCUCUGGUGGACUACCCUCACCAGGCCCGCGUGGUCGAGGCCCUCAUCGUCUUCUAUGGCUCCAUCUUCCAGUCCAAGAGCUCCCACAGCCACAAGACCUGCCGGUCUGCCUCCCCCUCUGCCCACCCGGUCCUUGGCGAGGAUGUGACCAGCAGCUCUGCCGACGGUGAGGAGGAUACAGGCCCCCACAGGAAGAGCAAGUCUGAGUCUGACAAAAUGGACGAAGGCUGCGGAUCCAUGGGCUCCAGCGAGCAGCUCCCCGACUCGGACUCUGAACAGGACGAGAGCACCAAGCCGAGAGGCACCGAGGUUGAGGAUGAGGAUGAGGACGAGGACGAGCCACUGAGCUACCAGGACAGUCUGGAGCUGGACGGAACCCCGUCCCCGCCUCCCAGCGGACCCCCGGACGAUGCGAGCGGGGCCGAGGGCGGUCUGAUCGCAUCUCUGGCCGAGCUGAACAUCAACCAGUCCAACAAUUACUACUAUUGCUCACCGCUGUCUGGUCGUUCAAGAGUCCUGCUGGCACGUCUGUGUGGCAAGAAGGUAGCACUCAGCAGAAACCGGGCCAGAGAACCCGAAUUUGUCUAACAAUCACUUCAAUGCUCUUAAAUGUUUGCAGCUUUUAGCAGCAUUUAGCUUUUCUAACGCAUCAGUUCACUGUUUUUAUUGCCUUAAAAGUGCUGCUGGUAUUAUUUCAGCACUGUCUUUUGUAUGUUUUGUUGCUGUAAGGCGUUUUUGUUGCAUUGUUUUUUUUUUGUCUGUUUUAAUAAAGUCAUGAACUUGCGACAGAAGACAUCAAGCUCAGUUAACACCA